UUGUUUUGUCAAAAUUGUACAAAAAUCUAUGCUUUUUCAUAUUUAUCACGAAAUUUAUAUGUUAAACUUACUUUUACAAAAUUCUUAACUUUGUCAUGAAAACAAAAAUCUAUGCUUUUUCAUAUUUGUCAAUGUUCUCAUACUUUCAAAGAAUAUACUUUCUUGUAGGAGGCGCAAACAUAUGCUCAGGAGAACAGUCUUUUCUUCAUGGAAACUUCAGCAAAAACCGCAGCUAAUGUCAAGGAGAUAUUCUAUGAAAUUGCAAGAAGGUUACCAAGAGUACAACCAACAGAAAAUCCAACAGGAAUGGUUCUACCAGAUAGGGCCAUGGAUAGGGGAGCGAGUUCAUCUUGUUGUGCUUAGUUAUAUGUAAUGGAAUACAUGCACUUCCCUUAAAGGGGACCUUCUGGUCAGUCAAUAUUGAGUUAUGGACUUGUGUGUUUUGAAUAUCUUUGCUUUGUUUUGCUUGUGUGGACAUUUGAUUUACCAAUUAAAAAGGGUUGUACAUGAAGAUAUUUCAUAUUGAAAUAUGAUGUCUACCGCAUAUUGGAACUAUGUAUCCAAUUGUCAAAACACCAAGUAUUUUCAAGUUUUAGGAACUCUAGAAUGUUUUUUUUUCCAUUUGAGCUUCCUGAUUCUCACAAGUUUGUGUGACAGUAUUCCACAUCAUCGCCAGGUAAAGUUAAUAACUUUCUCAUUAUUGAAGAUGUAACAACUUUCUCAUUGAAGAAAUUCAGGAUCAUCAGACUCUGCACAUGGUUCCAAUAGCUAGGGCCCUACAUGUAGCAUAACACCAGUUUUUAAGAAGACACUAAUGAAUGAUUAAGUCGGUUAUUACUUUCCGUGGUGGUUACAUUUUAUACAUUUAAAAUUGUGGACUGGGCACCGAAUACCCUAUAAACAAAUAAUAAAGGUAAAGCCCAAUAGCAACCCACCAAUAAAAAUACGAAAAAGGUUUAUAGGGUUUCUCAGAAAAUUACGCAGAUCAAAGUGGAAAUGUCGGACUAUGCUUCUCCCGAAAAAUCGCCCUUCACUAUUUUCUGUGAGUAUUCAGCUCUGAAGCAUUCAACCAUACAGUUAGCCCAUAGUUUUGACACCAAACUCCAGGAAUUGAGACAUUUCAACCGCAAAACUACCACCUCCAAAGAUGAGCUCAGAGCUUCCAUAAGGUGCAUUGGCAGAUGCAUUGACAGUUUUGAGGAAUCUUUUACUGAGCAUGCUGUAGUGAUCGAUGGUAAAGUGGAUCGACCUGUGGUCAACUUUUCUGAAGAUUUGACCAACGAUCAGCUCCGGUCAAAUGCAAAGCUCCUUUUGAAGUAUUUCAAGAAACGUACCCUCCGCUACUUCUAUGACGCUUUCUUCCCUGAUCCUCUGGAUCUGCAUAUCGAUGCUGUGCCCAAGUGUGAUUUCAUCAGGUCUCAUCUCGAAAACUUUGAGUCUCUCAUUGACCGUGUCAUGAUGGAAGCUUAUGCCUGCAAAACAAGUUCUGAAGAUGAAUAGUUAUCAUUUAUGCUGUGGAUGGAUGUACUUACCUAAGUGAUGGAUCGAUUGGCUUAUUUUAUUUAACUUUGAUGUGGAUUUGUGUUAGUUUGUCACACUCCUAAUGAUGUGCCACGUUUUUAUGUUACUAUGUCUCACUCUCAAACUAAUGGAUCUGUGUUAUAUGUCUUAUGUGUUAAGUGUUUUUCUUUCCAGUCA